UUCAAAGAGUUUUUAUUCGGUCUAUUCAAAUAGUUUUUCCGGUUUAUUCGAAUAUAGUAUUCGAUAUUUUAUACUAACUACUGAAUAGUAUUCGAUAGGGUAAAUCACUAUUAGCAAUCAAUAGCGACAGUAACGGGCAACAGCAGUGCAACAACAAUUUGCGCAUGCGCCGCUCGACACCAAUAACCCAAUGAGCGCGGUCACUUACCCCCACCACAGUCGAACCAAUACGCACGCUCAAAACGCACCAGUUGCAACCGCCUCGCAGCGAUAAUUCUACGAGAAACAACCGAUCUCUGUUGACGUUUUCGCGUUCCAUUCGCGUUUUGCAUUCCGUCCGCUGCAGUUUGUACGUGACUAUACACACACACAUACUAUUUCCGGAAGACGGAUAACGAUAAUAUUUAAUUAUAAUCAAUAAGCCUUGAAUUCUUCUGUUCGUCGGUUCGGUCAUCCGCUACAACCGAUCCUUAUCCUCGUGUCUGUUUGUGCGUGGUCUGCGUGUUUAACCCGUCUCUACUCCGACCGCCGCCAUGUUUGACGUUUUUGGCUCUGUCAAAGGACUGCUGAAAAUCGACAGCGUAUGCAUUGACAACAAUAUUUUCCGGCUGCACUACAAGGCUACCGUCAUCAUCCUGGUCGCCUUCUCGCUGAUAGUCACGUCCCGUCAAUAUAUUGGUGACCCGAUUGAUUGCAUCGUCGACGGUGUGCCACUCAACAUCAUGGACACGUACUGCUGGAUUUACUCGACGUUCACGCUGCCCAACCACGUCAACGGCCGCGUCGGCAAGGACGUGGUCCAGCCUGGUAUCCGGUCCCACGUCGACGGCAAAGACGAAGUCAAGUACCACAAGUACUACCAGUGGGUAUGCUUCGUGCUCUUCUUCCAGGCCAUGUUUUUCUACCUGCCCAGGUACAUGUGGAAGACGUGGGAGGGCGGCCGCAUCAAAAUGCUCGUACUCGAUCUCGACUGUCCGAUCAUCAGUGAGGAGUGCAAGACAGACCGCAAGAAGAUACUCAUCGACUACUUUGCCACCAACCUACAUACGCAAAACUUCUACGCCAUUCAGUUCUUCCUGUGCGAGCUUUUCAACCUUGUUAACGUCAUAGCUCAGAUAUUUUUCAUGGAUUACUUCCUCGACGGUGAGUUCAGUACUUAUGGCUCAGACAUUCUAAAGUUCACUGAAAUGGAAUCCGAAGUCAGAGGCGAUCCUAUGGCUCGAGUGUUCCCUAAAAUCACCAAGUGUACUUUCCAUAAAUAUGGUCCAUCCGGUUCGAUCCAGAAAUUAGACGGUCUUUGUCUUUUGCCACUCAACAUUGUCAAUGAAAAAAUCUACGUUUUCUUAUGGUUCUGGUUCUUGUUUGUUGCCGUGCUGAGUGGUCUGAAUCUGGUAUACCGUACUGCUGUUAUGGUCAUACCUAAAUUCCGUUUACUAUUGUUGAGAGUAAGAUCACGUUUAGUUCCACAAAACGAAAUAGAAAUUCUAACUAAGAAAUUCCAGAUCGGUGAUUGGUUUGUUUUGUACCAGUUGCGUAAGAACAUUGACCCCUUGAUUUUCAAGGAGCUUGUAUCAGACUUGGCCAAAAAAUUGGACGGUAAAGAAAGUGUAUAAAUGAUAAUCAUGUAAUUAAUUAUUAAAUUAAACAGAAAAGUUUUUAUCUUAGAGAAACAUGGUUCAUAGAAUAGAUAAGCAAUAAUUUAGACAAUUUAUUUUUUUUUUUUUUUGAUAACAUUUUUCACCACCCCAUGUAUACGCAUGGCGUAAAUUAAAUACUGUAUAUUUUUUAAAUUAAUUUCUGAUUGCCAUUAUUGGAGAACACAGGGGUAAAAUUACCUUUAGGU